UGUGCUUCAGAGAGUGGACCUGUCCUAACCUGCGGAGGCUGUGGCUUGGUAGAGCCAGUGAAGAUCGCUCCCGGAGGACCAGAGCUUUCCUAGCCUGUCUCCGCUCUGACUGUCCUGCCCUACUCAACCCUGCUCAGGUCCCACAACACCUUCUGCUCAUGUGCUGCGUGCUCAGGUAUAUGAUGCAGUGGCCAGGUGGUCGUAUUCUACAGAGACAUGAGUUAGAUGCCUUCCUGGCCCAGGCAGUCUCUAACCAGCUCUACGAACCAGACCAGCUACAGGAACUCAAGGUGGAGAAGGUAGAUGGUCGGGGAGUGCAGCUGGCGUCUCUCUUCAUGGCGGGCGUGGACACGGCUCUGUUGGUCAACGAUGUGUGUGGUCAGCCGUUACCAUGGGAACACUGCUGCCCCUGGGGCUUCUUCGACGGGAAACUCUUCCAGACCAAACUGGCCCGUGCCGCUCGAGACCGCCAGGCCCUGCUCGACAUGUGUGAAGGACAGGAGGAGCUGGUGUCUCGUGUGGAGAAGAUGCGUCAGGCCAUCAGGUCUGCAGUCGAUCCCCCCCCAGGGAGGGAAGUUGGAGAUAGCCGGAAUGGUGGUGGGGCAGUGGGCCGGGAACAAACCACUGCGUGGUAGAGGGGGAUUCAACAUGCAGGUGGUGUCAGUCGGGGCAGGGAGAGGAAGGGGUAAGGACAUCCCAGUGAAAGGAGGGCGAGGAGGUAAAAAGGUGACUGCCAACAGAAUAAAGACCUCACCCCCUCCCCCCUCCACCAGCCCCCCCAAGUCCUCUGAGGGUGAGGGUCUUAACUCUGGGGGUGUGGCCCAGAAGCUGAACGGCAGCCCUGCAGCCUCCGCUAUUGGCCAGCCUUUGGAUCUUCCUCCACUGGCCCAGCCAAACCCGUGUGCCUUAGCCAGCAAAGACAACCAAUCAGAGGAGGCCCCUUGUUGCCUUGACAGCUGUCCUUCAGACGGAAUGUAACGAAGGAGGAUUGACUAGGCUUUCCCAGAAUGCACCAGGGUGUUCUGAAAGUGCCGUCUGUGUUCCACUGCCUUCCCCUGUCUGUUAGCCUCGCCCACCAACACACCAACCAGGAAGUCAGAGAGGGGGAGGUGCUCUGCUCAAUCAGUCGAUUUGAUUGAGGUGUUCCGCUAGCCUUUCCCCCCCUCUCUCUGCUUCUCCGUGUGAUUGGUUUGGCAGAGCAGUAAGCCCAACCCCUUGAUUUUGUCAUGUUUUAUUUUAACGAUGAGAGGUUCUUCUCCAUGAGUCCAUUUUGUCUAAGCCCCGCCUCCGCCCCAUAAAGCCCCGCCCCCAUGGCUGUUGUAGCCCCAGCACACUGUCUCAUGUUGUAAUGAUCCCUCCCUAGUGUUAAAAUUGAUUGUGAAUUGAAAUGGGAUGAUGUGAUCUACACUCCCCUACCGAGGUCCGCACAGUUAGACUUGAACUACAGUGUUUAGUAGUAGUAAUAGUGGGUUUACACACACAGUAACAUUGACAUUAAACACACACUGUUGGCUAGUCUGUUAGUUCCUCGGUYUGGUAGCCAUUAGAAGUGUGUAAAAGUUUAGUUGCCCAGCCGUGUUGAGAGACCCCCUGACCACAGAUGUAAAUUGUUGCCAUAGGGACCUCAUGGCAAGCGGUGYUCCAUGUGAGGUCAGAGAGGAAUAGAGAAAGAGGAGGAUGACAUGGCGUUUGCUAAAUCCCCCAAUACACCACCGAUAAUGAUCUAUUAGCGUUAGACRCGCCUCUAACCUCCCCGCCAGACCCAUCUGUAUUAGCAACGCUACGUUGUGUUGCUGAUCACAACACUACCUGGGGCGGCAAGUAGCCUUUUGGUUAAAGUGUUGGUUUCGGUUACUSGAUCGAAUCCCAGAGCUGACGAGGUAAAAAUCUGUCGUUCUGCCCCUGAACAAGGCAGAUCACCCACCGUUCCCCGGUA